CGCCUGAAUCUACCUCGGACGAUCUGCUGCACCGCCGCAACCGUCCCCGGCCCACCCGCUACCGUGCGACAACGAAGUCAGCCCGCGCCUACCUCGUCCUACGCCUUCCCUCGCAUUGCCAACUCGCGCCUUCCCACUGGCACUGGCAUGAAGGCAUAGCCCACACGAGCCCUCCACCGUCGCUCGCUACAUUCUCAACUCAACAUCACAUACCAUGGUUGAGAAGCGCCCUUCAAUCGAGGGUCUCGUCGACAAUGUUGACCCACGAGAGUCCCACGAGCUCGAAGAGCUGCCCACUUUCGAGAAGCCCUUGGCCGAGCCUACGCCAGUACCGCUCAAGGAGAAGUUGAUAACGUGUUUUUGGAUCGCUCUGAAUACGCUGUCAACACUGGGCUUGAUCUUCCUGAGCAAGCGAGUGUUCAGCGACAAGCAGCUUAAAGGAUGCCAGCUCAUGGUCGUCAUGUGGCAUUUUACAGCCACCGGGCUCGUCCUCUUCAUCUCAACCCUCCGACCCUUCCAUGCCUUCAAGGCCGUACGGCUGAAUGUUUGGAACAUGCUGCCUGUCUGCGGCUUCUUCGCCGGAUACGUUGUGCUUGGCAACCUUAGCUUGACCUUCAACUCGAUCGGUUUCUACCAGCUCUCCAAGGUCAUGACCACGCCGACCGUUGUCCUCAUCAACUUCGUCCUCUUCCGAAAGCAGGUUACACGAUACAUGCUGGCUGCCAUCCUCGCAACAUGCAUUGGCGUCUCAUUCACCAUUAACGAGGCGGCCAAGACCCAGCUAUUCGGUGUCAUCGUCGCGACCCUAGCAUUCUGCAGCACCGCUCUGUACCAGAUCUGGAUCGGCAAGAAGAUCGAAGACUUCGCCGUCUCGCCACCCCAACUCUUGCUUAACCAAGCGCCAAUCUCCGUCUGCCUCCUCAUCCCCUUCGUGCCCUUCUUCGACACCAUCCCGAACCUAUCAACCGUGCCCACCGACAUCCUCUGGAGCGUAUGCGCCUCCGGUAUCAUGGCUUCAAUGUACAACUUGAGUCAGUUUUUGAUCAUCGGUCGCACCAGCGCCCUCACAUUCAACAUUGUCAGCCAUCUCAAGACUAUCAUGAUCCUGAGUAUAGGAUGGUACAGCGAGGGCAAGAUAUUGAGCGGAAGAGAAUGGUUCGGUGUACUCCUCGCGCUUGGCGGCGGAUGGGUGUACUCGCAUCUUGCGCUCAAGGCGAAGAAGCAGGGCGGAAAGUGAGACGCGAAACGACAUCAUUGGAGUCACACGCGCGUGCUUGGGGCAUACUUGAUUACGUCGUACAACGAGCGUUUGGGCGGAUAUGAGAGGUUUUUCCCUUCUUUGACUACUUCCACGCUUUCGCAUUUCUGGAUCUGGUUUCACACAGCAAACGUGUUAGAACGGGGAGUUGCAGCCCUUCUUUGACCAAGACCUUUUACGCCUUUUCUCCCCCGCGAAAAAGAGAAUUUUUACGACGACUAGAUUGGCUAACGGUUCGGAAACAAAGGGCGCUUUCUUCUAGGGGUGGUUCAGCGCCAGCGGCGGAGUUUGGAGACCCCAUCUUUUGUGUGUAUG